AUGGCUUUUGCACGAUCAGCAGCAACGGCAGCUCUCGGCCGCAAUGUGUGUACACAAUGCCGAAGAGUAGCAUCCCUCCGCACAUUUUCCCUGCCUGGCCCGCGACCACGACCACGACAACAGCAACAGCUGGCGCAAAGGACAUUGGCCUCGACGAGUAUACGAUACUAUUCCACACCAACCUCCACCUCCAAACUCUACGACUUCCACCAAAUCCAGAAACUAGUCGAGACUCCCUCGAAAAAUGUCAUUCUCAUCGACGUCCGCGAACCCUCCGAAUACGCAGCAGGCUACAUCCCCACAGCAAUCAACAUCCCCAUCAAAUCCCAGCCCGACGCCAUGUUUCUCCCCGGCGACGAAUUCGAGGAGAGAUUUGGUUUCAGCAAACCCGCGGCUGAUCAAGAGGUGGUUUUUUAUUGCAAAUCGGGCGUGAGGAGUAAUGCGGCUGCGCAACUUGCGCAGCAGAUUGGUUAUACGAAUGUGGCGGAGUAUCGAGGUAGUUGGUUGGAUUGGGAGAAGAAUGGGGGGAGCGAGAGGAAGGCGUGA